AUGGGAUUUGGCCAGCAAUGGAUGAAAUGGAUGGAGGUAGGUGUAUUCAAUAGUAAUCUAUCAGUGUUGGUAAAUGGGAGUCCCUCAAGUGAAUUCAAAGCUGAGCGGGGUUUAAGGCAAGGUGACCCUUUGUCACCGUUUCUAUUUACAAUUGUGGCGGAAGGACUUGCAGGAUUGAUGAGGAGGUCGACCGAGAGAGGUGUGUUUACGGGAUUCAAAAUCAAUGAGGAAAUAUCGUAUGAUCUACUACAAUUUGAAGACGAUACUGUUUUAGUGGGUGUUGGUUCGUGGGGAAAUUUAUGGGCAAUAAAGGUAAUUCUUAGAGCCUUCGAGAUGGUUUCGGGAUUAAGAGUUAACAUGUGGAAAAGUAAGCUUUAUGGAGUUGGUUUGGAUCAAUACUUUCUUGAGGCUGUAAGUUGCUUUCUCUGUUGCAAAUUAGACAAGAUUCCUUUUAAGUUCCUUGGGGUAACAGUUGGUGGCAAUCCGAGAAGUGUGAGCUUUUGGAAUCUGAUAAUGGAAAAUUUGAGGGCAAAGUUAUCUCCUUGGAUUGGGAGAAUUCUUUCCAUAGGGGGAAGAGUGACAUUAAUCAAUUCUGUGAUCACUAACUGUUAG